AAUAGUCAACUUCCCUCUAUCAAUAAUUCAUCCGAAAAUGCGAAAAAUGUUCAAGAAAUCAACAAACCAGUCGUUUUAUGUUUAUGCCGGACAUAUUUUCUAAAUUUAUUAAAUACAAUUAAAAUUCAUGUUUGAUGAUUUUAACCUUUGGAGAAAAUUAGGAAAGUUUGCUCAUUUCUGUUCAUUUUCAGUUGAGAGUUUUUUCUUGGUGCAAGUUGUGCUGAAGAUGUUACCAGUAAUUUAUGCUCUUAUGAGGAGUUAUGCUCCUUAUAUAACUUUGCCUGUAUCAAUCAUUAUUGGAGUAAUUGGAUAUAAUAUUGAGGGACUAAUAUCAGAUAAAUAUACACCUACUAAAAAAUUAAGCUUUGAAGAAGAAAGGCUUGAAAGGCAAUUACAAGAAAUGGAAAACAGUAGUGCAACCUCUAAGAGUUUGAAAACGAAAUAUUUUGUUCCUAAGACAAUAUUUGAAAAAAAUACUUCAACAUGAAAAUUUAAUAAAUAUGUGUGUAGUUAUUGUUUAUUUCUCAAUUAGUUGUAUAAUUCAAUAAAAAAAAUUUGUGCCAAGAAAUGUAGUAUUUUUG